GCGGCCUCCGAGGGUCGCGAGGCGGCGGCGACGGCGGCGGCCGGAGGGGAGGUCCGGGGCACGGCGCCAGCCUCUCCACACGGCCGGAGCGGGGCCCAGGCGCAGGAUGGCCAGGGCGCGGCUGCUCCGCCUGGGGCUGGCCCUGGGCUCCGUGGGCAUGGUCCUCCUGAUCAUCGCGUACUGGGACAGCGUGGGCCCCGCGCACUUCUCCCCGCACGCCGCCUUCUCCCGGCCGCGCACCCCGGGGCCCCGCCCCAGCCCCGGCCAGGCCGCCGGGAGGGAGCUCGCACCCGAUGUGGACGAGUUUUUGGAGAAGCUGCUUGGUGCUGGCACAAGGCAGAGCGUCCUGCCUGGCAAAAAGACGGAGCCGCCCCCACCGCCAGCCCCCAGCAGGCCCGCGCCGGGCAGCAUGGAGGAGAGCGUGAGGGGCUACGACUGGUCCAGCCGCGACGCCCCGCAGAGCCCGGACGCCGACGGGCAGCAGGCGGCGCGCAGGGGUGUGCUGAGGGACUUCUGCGCCAACACCAGCUUCGUGUUCCCCGCCAAGGAGCGCUCCUUCGACGACAUCCCCAACUACGAGCUGAACCACCUCAUCGUGGAUGACCGCCACGGCGUCAUCUACUGCUACGUGCCCAAGGUGGCCUGCACCAACUGGAAGCGCGUGAUGAUUGUGCUCAGCGAGAGCCUGCUGGACCGGGGCGCGCCCUACCGCGACCCCCUGGACAUCCCCCGCGAGUAUGUCCACAACUCCAGCACCCACCUGACCUUCAACAAGUUCUGGCGCCGCUACGGGAAGUUCUCCCGGCACCUGAUGAAGAUCAAGCUGAAGAAGUACACCAAGUUCCUCUUCGUGCGCGACCCCUUCGUGCGCCUCAUCUCGGCCUUCCGCAGCAAGUUCGAGCUGGAGAACGAGGAGUUCUACCGCAAGUUCGCCGUGCCCAUGCUCCGGGCCUACGCCAACCACAGCAGCCCGCCGGCCUCCGUCAGCGAGGCCUUCGGCGCGGGCCUCCGGGUCACCUUCUCCCACUUCAUCCAGUACCUGCUGGACCCCCGCACCGAGAGGCUGGCGCCCUUCAACGAGCACUGGAGGCAGGUGCACCGGCUCUGCCACCCCUGCCAGAUCGAGUACGACUUCGUGGGCAAGCUGGAGACCCUGGACCAGGACGCCGCCCAGCUGCUGCGGCUGCUCAAGGUGGACGGGCGGCUGCACUUCCCCCCGAGCUACCGGAACAGGACUGCCAGCAGCUGGGAGGAGGACUGGUUCGCCAACAUCCCGCUGGCCUGGAGGCAGCAGCUGUACAAACUCUACGAGGCCGACUUCGUGCUCUUUGGCUACCCCAAGCCCGAGCACCUGCUCAGGGACUGAGGGCGCGGGCGGGCCCCCGGCGCCCGAGGCCAGCGGACCGGGCCCAUCGUCCCGAGGAGGAGCCAGGGGCCGCCGCCCAGGGGCCUCUGCAGCCUCGUGUCCCUCCUGGGCCGCACGUGGCGCACAGGCCCGCGGUGCUCCUGUCGGGGGUGCUGAGCGCGGACGGCCCCGCCCACACUCCAGUUUUUAAAUUUACCUGCGGUUUUGCAGCCAGACUUCUUGUUUACUCCACUGCCUGUAUUCGCUGAGUACUGUGUUAAUACUGUUUUUUAAGAUUAAUAUAUUUCAGAUAUUUAAUAUGAGACGGGGAGGAGGAGAUAAUGGAGUAAAUCCUACGCCUGCUCGCGCCGCCUGCCCGUGUGGUCAUUCGGGCGCGCUCAGCGGGGCUGAGCCGUGUGACGGCCGGCGGCCGCCCUCCGCCCUGCCGCCGAGGGAAGCGAGGGCCCUCGGCCCGAGAUCGGGCCCGCCUGCGUUUGUAAAGGAGGCAGGAGCUCCCUUUUAGCGGGGCCGUGUCUGGCGGGACAGCGGUUAGAUCGGGGCUU